AUGCCAGCGCUUGCCAAAGAUAUAUUCGACAUGCCUCUAGCUAAAAGGCAGAAGAGGUCGUCGAACGAGGGCAGACAAGUUUCCCAAGCUGGUUCGAAGGUCUUUGCGCCUUUUCGGACUUACGAUGUGCGACGAGGCUUGAACUUGGUCUUCCUCACACGACCACAAACACCCGAGAUUAUCACAUCUACAUGUGCCUGGCAAGACAAGAUCUUUGCCGCAUGGGGCUACCUGCGACCUCGAUCCCCUGGGGGUAUUUGGGUGUUUAAGCGCGGGAAGCGGAUUGCCUCACUGCAGGCCUCGGAGCUCGAUAGCCCCGUGGAGCGACUCCUGGUGUUCGGUUCGUGGAUCGUCGGCUGCUGGGCGGGUGGUCUUGAAGUGUGGAAGACGGAGACCUAUGAGCAUUAUGCGAGCCUGCGGCCCCAAGCCGCUCUAAACUCGUCGACUGGUCAGAUUUAUGCGGGGUCCAUGUGUAACUUGCCGACGUACCUCAACAAGCUCUUUGUGGGGCGUAUGGAUGGAGGAGUGGAUAUUUGGAAUCUUCGCAGUGGGAAACUUCUUCACACCCUACUUCCACCGACUUCUGAUCCCGGCCCUGUCACGGCAAUCCAGCCAGCCCCAGCCCUUUCGCUCGUCGCUAUUGCCCAUAAGAAUGGCGCACUGUCAAUUCUCAAUGUUGAGUCCGGUCAGCUAUUGCUAUCGUUACGCACCGCUUCUACGAAGGCUCUUCCAGUAACUUCUAUUGCUUUUAGAAGUGAUGGCACCGGCGCCGGCCAUGACGGCCGGAAGUCUGGGGUGAUGGCCACCGCCUCUAGUGGGAGUGGAGAUAUUACUAUGUGGGAUUUGAAUGAUGGGGGCCGUAUCUCUGGGGUUCAUCGCGGCGCCCACAGAGUCACAAAGAGCGGAAUGGGUGUCAAUAGAGUCGAAUUUCUGGAUGGUCAACCGGUACUAGUCUCGACUGGUGAUGAUAAUGCCUUGCGAACAUGGAUCUUCGAUCAAACUCCAUUUUCGCCUAUUCCGAGACCGCUACAUUCCCGCGAUGGGUCUGAAGCGGAUGGAAAGUGGCUUCUUAGCGCUAGCAAGGACUGCAGUCUAUGGGGCCUCAGCUUGCGCAAGGAUAGUCAGCAUACCGAGCUGUCCCAAGGCCAUAUUGAGAGGAAAUCUAAGAAACUAGGGUUUUCCGAUUCUGGCAUGCCAAUGGAUGACCUCAAAGCUCCCGAUGUCACCUGCAUUGCAUGCUCCCUCAAUCGUGACGGUGGGAUGGGGGCUGCUCUUUCCGGCUCAAUCUGGUCAAACCCAAAGUUCACUGAUGCUGAAGCCUCUAAUACCACUGGGUGGGAAAGUGUGGUUACUGGACACCGUGGUGACAAGUACGCACGGACGUGGUUCUGGGGGAAGAAGAAGGCAGGCCGUUGGGCGUUUGCAACAAGUGAUGGUACCGAAGUGAAGAGCGUUGCGGUUUCCCCUUGCGGAACCUUUGCUGUCAUCGGCUCAGCUGGUGGCGCGGUGGACAUGUUUAACUUACAGUCUGGAAUUCACCGCCAAAGCUUCCCCUCACGGCCGACUAGCUCUCGAGUCAAAAGUUCUAUCCUAACUGGUGCGGAUGAUUCCAGGCAUAGCAAGGCAGUUACAGGGCUUGCAAUCGAUAACCUCAACAGGACGGUGAUCAGCUGCGGCUUGGAUGGGAAGGUUAAGUUCUGGGAUUUGCUUACCGGCGUUUUGGUUCACGAAUUAAAUUGGCACCCAAUGGCUGCCGUGACAGGCAUACGCUAUAGCAAAGCUAGCGAAUUGGUUGCUUUUAGCUGCGAUGAUCUUUCUAUUCGUGUUGUUGAUAUUGAGACCAGGAAACUCGUCCGUGAAUUUUGGGGCUGUGUAGGCCAGGUCAAUGAUUUCAUCUUUUCCAACGACGGCCGAUGGAUUAUUGCAGCAUCUAUGGACUCGACCCUGCGCAUUUGGGACUUGCCGACCGGGCAUCUGAUUGACGCUUUCCGAGUACCAAAUACUUGUGUCUCCUUGUCUAUGUCCACGACUGGAGAGUUCCUCGCAACUGCUCAUGCAGGCAACAUCGGGAUCAAUCUUUGGAGUAAUCGCAGCCUAUUCAUGCCGAUCUCUACGCAAAAUAUCGACGAAGAUACAAUUAAUUCCGCACCAACAGUAUUGGACGAGAGCGGCGCAGGCCUCAUCGAGGAUGCUUUCACCGAUGUCAUUGUGACUGACGAGGACGAAGGCCCUAUCCUGGCAAACGAGCAACUCCAGAAAGAUAUGAUCACCCUCAGUUUGGUUCCCAGAAGCAGGUGGCAGUCAUUACUUCAUUUGGACACUAUCAGAGAACGUAAUCGGCCGAAAGAAGCCCCCAAGGCUCCGGAGAAGGCUCCUUUCUUUCUCCCAUCUCUUCUUGAUUCGAGCAAUCCCCAGGCCACCUCUCACGCUGUGGUCAAGCCCGAUGUCAGCGAGGAAGAGCGAUCUCGGGUCUCCAAGAUGUCAUAUCGAGGACUUGAAGCCGCAUAUACAUCUGCUUUGACUCAACUCCUUACGUCAUGCCAUCACACCGGUGAUUUCGGCCCUUUGAUAGAGCAUCUCAAAACCCUUUCUCCGGCCCGAGCUGACCUGGAAAUCCGGUCUCUUGAUCCUCGAGUGAGAAAUGGGGGUUCCGAGUUAGUCGCUUUUGUUGAUGCUUUGACAAAGCGUCUCAUCUCUAAGAGAGACUUCGAAUUGGUCAACGCAUGGAUGGCGGUCUUUCUAAAGAUUCACGCUGACGCAGUGAGUUUAAGCUCACAGCGAAAUGAACCCGAAUAUCAACUCCUACGCGAGGCACUUGCUGCAUGGGCUCGCGAGCAACGAAGGGAAGGCAAGCGGCUCAAUGAGCUUGUUGGAUAUUGUCGAGGGGUGGCUAGUUUCUUGCGAUCCUCUCGGUGA